GGGUUAAGUGCAUAGAGAAGCGAUUCCUAGAGGAGAAGGGAAAUCCCCUGUGUGUGGUCUCGUCCGUCAGAGCAAAUUGUUCCCUCUUUGAAAAGAGCCUCUUCCUGUCUCCUUUUUUAACCCUCCGGAGGAAAGCGAAGCUUCAGCGUUUCAAAGGGUUAGGUCUCCCUUUGAGAUUUAGGGAGAUUUCCCCCCCUCAUCAGUUUUUGUGUGUGUGAUGAUCGUGGCAGAUAGAACCACAGAGGGAGUGGAAAUGACCACACAACUCUCAGCUGAUCCUGCAGCAGGAAAAGGCCUCGGUGCCCCCAAGUUUGGAAGGAGUGAGGAAUUCUGGAAAGGAACAGUGCAGAAGAUCCUGAACGAAAACGUCACCUCAGAAGCACAACGACAGCACUUCAGGCAGUUCUACCAGGAGGUCAAGGGACCCCGAGAGGCUUCCACCCAACUCCACUAUCUUUGCUAUCAGUGGCUGAAGGCACAGCGACACACAAAAGCUCAGAUCCUGGACCUGGUGAUCCUGGAGCAGUUCCUGACCAUCAUCCCCCCAGAAAUGUCCAGCUGGGUGAGGGAAUGUGGAGCGGAGACCAGUUCCCAGGCGGUGGCCCUGGCCGAAGGCUUCCUUCUGAGUCAGGGAGAGGAGAAAAAUCAGGAAGAGCAGAAGGUUGAUGGCGUUUCUCAGAGCCAUUUUCCAUCAGGCCACCGUGUCAUAGAUAAGGAGCCAUUGGACCUGAGAAAGAAUCCUGAGCAAGGACAGAUCAAGCAGGGAGAGGCUGAAACCGUUGUGGCCAUAGGUACUCCUCUAGUUGUUCCUCUUCAUGAAGAAAUGGAAGCAGAUCAGGGCCCGGUGACUUUUGAGGAAGUGGCUGUGCAUUUUACCCAGGAGGAAUGGGCACUGCUGGAUCGUGACCAGAGAUCCCUCCACAGGGAAGUCAUGGAGGAAAAUCGUACAAUUGUGGCCUCUCUUGGUAACUUGAGGAAAAGAAAUGUAUGGGGCAAAUGUGAGAAGUAUUUUAUGCACACAACUGGCCUUGACGGACACCUGCAAACCCAUACAAAAGGGGAGAGUUGUACCAGAUUGGAAUCUUAUAAAUGCACAGUUUGCGGGAGGUGUUUCUCCCUGAAAAUGACACUGGUGCUUCACAGGAGAACUCACACUAUAAAGGAAUGCUUUAGAGGUGGAGGACCGGAAAAGCAUUUUGACAGCAAAUUGUACCUGCUGAACCACCAGAAGGUCCAGGGGAAGGAGAAAGCAUACAGAUGCCAGGGGCGUGGAAUACAUUCUCCUCUAAAUUCCCAUUUGGAUCAAGAGGCAGUCCUCACAGCAGAGAAACUGUACAAAUGCAGGAUGUGUGGGGUGUAUUUUACUCAGCAUUCAAACUUUCUGAUCCACCAGAGAGUCCACAGAGGAAAGAAACUAUACACAUGCCAGGAGUGUGGGAAAUCUUUUGCUCAGAUGUUACACCUGCUAGUGCACCAGAGAGUCCACACUGGAGAGAAACCCUACAAAUGCCAAGAGUGUGGGAAAUGUUUUGCCCGUCAUGCACACGUGGUCAUUCAUCAGAGAGUCCACACAGGAGAGAAACCAUACAAAUGCCAGGAGUGUGGUAGAUCUUUUGCUCAGAAUUCAAACCUUUUGAGGCAUCAGAGAUUUCACACAGGGGUGGGGCCGUACAAAUGCCAGAAGUGCGGGAAAUGUUUUCCUCACAAUUCACACCUCCAAAAGCACCAGAGACUCCGGAUGAGAGAGAAACCAUUCAAAUGCAAAGAAUGUGGAGAAUGUUUUUCCCGGAAUGCAAGCCUUCUGAGGCAUCAAAAAGGGCACACAGGAGAGAAAGAAUAUAAAUGUUGGGAGUGUGGGGAAUGUUUUAAUCGAAAUGCGAAUCUUCUGAUCCACCAGAGAGUCCACACAGGGGAGAAACCCUACAAAUGCCAGGAGUGUGGGAAAUGUUUUGCUCAGAAUCCAAACCUUUUGAGGCACCAAAGGAUCCAUACUGGGGAGAAACCCUACAAAUGUCAGGAAUGUGGGAAAUGUUUUGCUCAGAGUUCAAGCCUUCUGGCACAUCAGAGGGUCCACACAGGAGAGAAACCGUACAAAUGCCAGGAUUGUGGGAAAUGUUUUGGUACAAAAUCAGUUCUGUUGAUUCACCAGACUGUCCACACCAGAGAGAAACCGUACCAGUGCCAGGACUGUGGGGAGUCUUUUGCUCGGAAUGCGAACCUCUUGAUCCACCGGAGGAUCCACACAGGAGAGAAACCAUAUAAAUGCCAAGAAUGUGGGAAAUGUUUUGCUCGGAACUCAAACCUUUUGGCUCAUCGGAAAGUCCACACAGGAGAGAAACCGUACAAAUGCCAGGAAUGCGAGAAGUGUUUCACUAGGAAGGCAACACUUUCAAGCCAUCAGAGAGUCCACACAGGAGAAAAACCGUACAAAUGCCAGGAGUGUGGGAAAUGUUUUGCUCAGAAUUCAAAUCUUCUGGCACAUCAGAGAAUCCACACAGGAGAAAAACCGUACAAAUGCCAGGACUGUGAAAAAUGUUUCACUAGGAAAUCUCAGUUUAUAGCACACCAAAGCAUCCACACAGGUUAGAAAAAGGCUAGAAAAAUGCAGCCUUCUGAGCUAUCAGGCAGUUGACAGAAGAGAGAAAUCUUACAGAUGUUUGAGGUGUUGGAAGUGGUUCAGUUAGAAUACAGAUAUUUUAGAACAUUGAAAAAACCACCCAGAGGUGUCCCAAGUAUGAAUAAUGUUUUCCUUGGAAUUAAAACCUUCUGAUCCAACAUAGGGUGCACACAGGAGGGAAACCAUACAAAGACUAGCAUUGGAGGAAAUGUUUUGCUCAGAGUUCACACCUUCUGGUGUACCAGAGACUCCCUAUGAGAAAGAGGCCAUUCAAAAGUCAACAGUUUGGGGCGUGAUUUGUUGUUCUCUAGUGACUAGACCAUGGCUAACAAUGGUAAAUCUGUCCAGGUGCAUAUGUUGGGAUAUAAGAGAUUGUGUUGUCCUGAGUCAGACCCUUGAUUUUUUUGCAGUAGAUUUUUCUACUAUAUUAGUAGUGAUUGUCAGUAGCCUUUCAGGGUAAUUCUGCUGAUACUUUUAUGACUUAAGAGAUUGUGAUCCUGUGGAUACGCUAAGCUGAGAGACUCUGAAUCCUGCAAAGGCAUACCUGACUAGAGACAUACAGUCAGGAUAGGCACCUCCCAGGAGUGCAUCCAUUUGUUACCUGCCACUGCAUAUCAACCAGCCUGCUGGGCAUGAUGUAAAGAACAGGAAGAGCUGGCGGGUUGAGAGUGGCACAUCAGUGAGGCCCUAAAAACCUCAAAUACCGCUUAUGGCCACAUAGUCUUUGAAUAAAGUUAAGAGACAGCCAGAGAUGUCAUAUCCAUCUAUGUGCAACCUCUGCUAAUCGGCCGCCUGAAGAGUGCACUGCUUUGUCUAUAACUAAACAUGUAUUUUACAGUCA